CAAUUGUAAGCUACGGCUUCUAGAAUGUCGACGGCGCACCUUGUCCGAGCCUACUACGAGUUUUCGCCUUGGAGCGCGAGGGUUGCGCGACGCCCGAGCUGUGGCCGCGAGUGAGGGGCAUGGAGGGGCAAUGACGGCGCGAUUCGGAGGCACCCCACACGCCCAAAUAAAAGCUCCCGGAGCCGCUCGAGAGUCUGGAGUAGCUCUGCUUUCCCCUCUCCUCUCUUCUGCUCGUCUCCUUCUCCUCUAUUACACGCCCAAGAUACCCAUUGAAUUCACAUCACAGCAAUCAUGCCCGCGGAUACUGUUGGAAAGACUAUUACCUGCAAGGCUGCAGUUGCCUGGGAAGCUGGCAAGGACCUCUCGAUUGAAGACGUCGAGGUCGGACCGCCCAGGGCACACGAAGUCCGUAUCGAGAUUUACUACACUGGUGUUUGCCAUACCGAUGCAUACACUCUCUCUGGAAAGGAUCCCGAGGGUGCCUUCCCCAUUGUUCUCGGUCACGAGGGCGCUGGUAUCGUCGAAUCUGUCGGCGAGGGCGUUACAAACGUAAAGCCUGGCGACCAUGUCGUUGCGCUAUACACCCCAGAAUGCAAAGAGUGCAAGUUCUGCAAAUCCGGCAAGACCAACCUCUGUGGCAAGAUCCGGGCGACCCAGGGUAAGGGUCUCAUGCCCGACGGCACCUCGCGCUUCAAGGCCAAGGGCAAGGACCUCCUCCACUUCAUGGGUACCUCCACAUUCUCGCAGUACACUGUCGUAGCAGACAUCUCCGUCGUCGCCAUCACCGAGAAGGCCCCCAUGGACCGCACUUGCCUGCUCGGCUGCGGUAUCACCACUGGAUACGGUGCGGCUGUCAUCACCGCUGGCAGGGGCGGUGUCGAGGCGGGCUCUAACAUUGCUGUAUUCGGUGCUGGCUGUGUCGGACUGUCCGUCAUUCAGGGAGCAGCCAAGAACAAGGCUGGCAAGAUCAUCGUUGUCGACGUGAACGACUCAAAGGAGGCGUGGUCGAAGAAGUUUGGUGCCACAGACUUUGUCAACCCCACCAAGCUCGGCAAUCAGAGCAUCCAGGAGAAGCUCAUUGAGAUGACCGAUGGCGGAUGCGACUACACCUUUGAUUGCACGGGUAACGUCAACGUCAUGCGCGCCGCACUCGAGGCCUGCCACAAAGGCUGGGGUGAAUCCAUCGUCAUUGGUGUCGCUGCAGCCGGUCAGGAGAUCUCUACACGCCCAUUCCAGCUCGUUACCGGACGUGUGUGGAAAGGCUGCGCCUUCGGUGGCGUCAAGGGCCGCACCCAGCUGCCUGGCUUGGUGGACGACUACCUGAACGGCGACCUCAAGGUUGACGAGUUCAUCACCCACCGUCAACCGCUCGACAAGAUCAACCAAGCCUUCUCAGACAUGAAGGCUGGCGACUGCAUUCGCUGCGUCGUCAACAUGCGCGAAUAGCUACACUCGGGCCCCCAUGACCAGGAUUGGAAGGCUAGGCUUUAGUUGAACAAUCUAUCUUGUUUCUUCUUUGGUUUAUGCGAAUAUGCGUUUUGCUUGUUUUCUCUAUAAAACAUGAAUUGUCACCGCGUUGCGAGGAAUGUAGCGGUGUACGGCGAGGUGUUGGGCAGGUGAAGAGGUGGUGCAUCAGUCGGCGUUGAUGAAGUGGUAGCACUUGGGCCUGGGGGCUUUCAAUGUGUGUAAAUUUACAUCCAAAAGUAAUUUUGGCUUUCAUGAAAUGAAUGAUCUAGUACACGGAGUGCUCAAUUUCAACCGAAGAGACUUGAACUGCUGGGUACAUGAACACUUCCCUCACAUGUCUUCAUUCCUUCCAAUAGUCAAAAAUGUUUCAAAUACCGCACAUGCGCUGCUUCUAUUCUCUGUCUGAAAAUAAUACAAGUAGCCCUGGC